AGAAGCUAAUGCUAAUGCUAUUGCAGCUUUCACUGAGAAGCGCCUCUGUGGAAACGACGUUGAACAAAGUGCUGCUAGUGCCGGUUACUUCAAGUUGGCUACGUUAUGCAUUAGGUCUUUUUAACGUCAUGUUUACUGUUGUAAUUAUAUGUAUUAAUAUUACCCAGAUACUUAAGCUAGCAAGCACGCUACGUUAGCUAGUUAACGUCCUGCCUGGUUUAUUUUAGUCACAUCCCAUUCACCGGGCGGCUGGAGUUGGGGCUAGCGCAAUAAGCAAAGCGGGACGGGAAAAAAGGAGGCAUGAGUUGGAGGAACAAUUGUUUACCUAUACACGAUCAGAAGAUAGACUAGCCAAAUUGAAAUGUGCCAAGAUGCGCUACUAUCACAAGGAACUGUGUAAGAGGGAGCAGCAAGCAAAGGCUCGCAACCUUGAGCUCCUGAGAAAUGUCGAGAGCCUGGUAUCAAAUGCAAAAGAAUUUUCCAUUGACUACACUUUACUGCAUCACUUGAAGAUGGAUUGUAGAAAUCACAUUACCAGACUCGUGGAGGAGCAGAGGAAGACGGCGAGCAAGCAGGAACUCGAAGCACACAAAGAGCAAAGCAAGUUCCCUGAACACAACAUCGGACAGUCCUCCCAACCUGCUGUCAUCUUCACGGGUCGGCAAACCCUCAAAGGCACUUUGGUGGAGGAAGGCGUCAGGAGCGCACACUCAUCAUCUCUGACAGCGCUGAUACCUAAUCACCCCUCAGCUUCCUCGCCACAAAGUGGUCCUUUGAUGGAUGCCCGGAUUUCAAAAGCCAGCGGCAGCGCAGCUUUAUCAGAUGACAUUCUAAACUCAGACGAUUUCCCUGACAGCGCCGACGUUGCGUCUGAAAGGCGGCCGCCACCACCUGACUGUGGCUUCUUCAGAGGAGCAGGAGAGGAGUAUUGGCCGGAGCAGCCGGCCUUGCCUCACACGACCUUGAAGGCAUCUGGAGUGUCCUCUCAUCACAGAAACGUGAAGAGAGCCGAGAGCACUGCGUCACUCCAACACUGUCCCAGCCAGAACCCUUCCCCAGACACCACUUAUACGAGAGACCCCUCACGGCACAGUGACUCUGGAGGGCAGGCCGAAGGGGAUGCUGAAGGAGCCAAGGAACAAGCUGUGUCAGCAGAAAAACAGCCAGAUGUUUUAGAUCAGGAUCAAAGCAGAAGCCCCAGUAUCUCCAGUUCUGAUGUGGAUAUCUCACCUGAGUCUUCCCUGAACACAGCCAGUGAAGUUUCGGUUUCACUCAGUGAUAGUCUCCAUGAACAGCACAGGUCUGGGGAAAGAGCUCCAGUGCUGGAGAAAAGCACUACACCCUCUCAGCAUAGUGAAGAACCAAAGGAUGGAGUGGACUUUGGAGGCACCCUUUCCUCAAAGCCAGAACACAGCCUCUCUAUGGAAGACUUUUUUUAUCUGCUGGACAGCAUCGAGGAACGUCUCCCUGCUAAAGACGUCAAGCUGUACUGUAGCUCUCGAGUCAGUGAGCAGAAGCUGAGAGAUGUUAUCAGGUUGUGCAGUCGGCGUGGUGCAGUGAAAGGAGAGGAGCUGAGUGUGUGUGGAGCCGUGGUCCUGCAGCAGUUGCCUCGGUUGUCAUGGAACACUCCUCAGGGUUGCCUGCUGUCCAGUGACCUGGUCAGCACACACUGGGCCACUGCUGUAGAUGCAGCAAAAAUCAGGUCGUGUCUGUCCGCUGAUAGUGCUGCUCUGUGGGAGCGCUGGCUCACACAUGCCCUUAAGCUGCUCCAGCACGAAGUUCUCCCCCUCGACAGCAUCAUGCAGCUCUUCACACCACUCCUAGUGCACAACAAUGCCUCCUACACUGACAAGGCCGAAGUGCUAUUGAAGAGGCUUUUGACCCAUGCAGCUGAGACACAUCUCUUGUUGGAGAGUGAGGAGUCCUCGUGCAGCAGCUUACCCUCACUACUGAACGACAGUGUGGAGAUCAAACCAGCCAGACCCUCUAAGAAAUCAUAUGACACCACUGCCACACAAGGAGUACAAAGUGGUGAAGAGGACAGUGCCGACCAAAGCCCUGUGGAAAGUAUUCCUAUUAGAGAGACAAAAGCAUAUCAGCUGCUUAAACAAUCAGUCACACAAGAGAAACAGUGGAGAAACACACAAGAGGAGGACAGUUCUGACUUGGAACCAUCAGGUAUCUCCGAUACAAAAAAGCCAAAGAGCGGUGAGAAGCUCCUUCAGGAUGUGCGGAAGGAUCCUAAGAGCAAAGCCCAGGCCUACUCUGCUGUUCAGUCCAAAGCGUUCUGGGGAGAUUCGGAUGACACCAACUCUGAAAUUGAAUUGGCCUUGCGUCCUCGAUCCCACAAUGCCAGUAAUGAUGACUUUGAUGAUUUUUACAAUUAGUUGCGUGGUGAGACGAUGUCUUUUUUUUCAAGUGAGACACCAUACUGUCAAGUUUGUUUUUUAGUGGUCAGCCAUUGCACUGUAAUGUACUUGCACUGUAAUUUUUUUUCUAAAUAAAUAAAAAAUCUUGACAGAGAAAUAAUAUUAAUGUUUGAUGAAAACAAAUAAGGGGAGACCUCUUUAUUGUGGGCAAAGAAUGUGGAGAGUUUUCGAAGCAUGAUGGUGUUAACCCUGCUUGAGUCUCUUUAACUGAACAACACUUGCGCCUGGUUGAAAUAGAUUAAACUUGGGUUUUAAAGUGA